CAGUCGAUAUAAAUGUUCAGUUAGCUGUGGCAAAUCUAGCUGCACAUCGAACUCGGCCCAACUAUAGUUAAAGAUGAAGAAUUCUAGCUUGGGAUCAGCAGUUGUAGUGAUUUUGUCAGUUGUGAUAUUUCUUGACCAAGGAAUCUGCCAAAACCCGCACCAAAAUGGUGGGCAACAAAACUGGGCUAGCGAAUGGAGGAAUUGGGCAGGUACAAUGGGUAACGGAGCACCGGGUGCAACGGGAAGCGGAAACCCAUGGCUUCAAAUGGCUGACCAAUAUAUGAGCAAAUGGAUGAAUGGAUACGCCGCCCGUAAAGCUAAUGGUACAAAUCAGUCUGGAGGUUUCUUUGCUAGCCUUAUGGACGGAUAUGCCAAGAAGUGGAACGGGAAGAAAAACAAGAAGAAGGGCAAAGAAGUGAAAUACUGAGCCAUAGAUCUCUUAAGCGCAUUUCCCGAGACUACGUUCAUGUUGUUUUGUAAUUUGUUGAGCUAAUAUGCAUGCAAAAUGUAUAAAAGUAUUUUGCUGAGCAUACAAAAUGUCUGUGCAUUACGCCGAGCGUAUAUGCGUUAUGUUGAGCAUAUGUGCAUUAUGUCGAGCAUAUGUACAUAAUGGUGAGAGUAUAUCAUUGUGUUGAGCGCAAGUGCAUAAUGCUGAGCGUAUAUGCAUGAUACUGAGUGUAUGCGCGUUAUGCCGAGCAUAUGUGUGCAUUAUGCCGAGCGUAUGCGCAUAAUGCAAAGUGCAUAUGAAUUAUGUUGAGCGUAACUGCAUUAUGUUGAGCGUAUGUGCAUAAAGUUGAGUGCAUAUGAGUGUAGGUGUAUUACGCUGAGCGUAUAUGCAUUAUUUUGAGCGUAUGUGCAUUAAGUUGAGUGCAUUACGCUGAGCGUAUAUAUAUGCAAUGUGUUAAGCGCAUGUGUUCUGUGAUGAGCUUAUGUGUUUGUAAUGUGUUAAUGUGUUGUUUCAAUAAUGUCUACAGGAUAAACAACUUCAGCGCUGAUAUAGAGGCACUUGCAAGAAAUUCUACAAACGAGACUUUGCCCCUUGUCGAGAGAAUACAAAACAAAACAAGGAACUGGUUCGCUAAUUUGAGGAGCAACUUUGUAUAAUGCAAUUUUAGAGAUGUUACAGUUGUUAAGUUGUUAUAAAUAAAUAAAUGUUUAAUCAAAA